UAGCACGCUUGGUUUUCAAUGCCUUAACAACGCUUAUAUUGGGACAGUAUUGAAAAACUGAUUGGAGUUUAUUUUGACAUUCUUACUGAAAGAAAUGGAAUGGUUAUACAUGGAUAUUGCAUUCAAUGAGGGAACAUCUACUAAUCGACAACAGAAUGGCCAGAGAAGCUAGAACAUACAGCGAAAAACAACGACAACCACCCUUCAAAACACCCUCUCUCUUCUGUAUCUACUAAAUGUCGGCAACGGCAGCCACUCGGCGUCGGAAGCCAGUUAAAGAGAUCCCCGUGUACAACGGCCCCACCAUGGCGCACGUGGGAUUCCAGGGCGCGCGCCAUAUGCAUCCUGAGCGCAUGCCAAGUGCCCGCAGUGAACGUACAACAGCCAUCAGACUGUUCGAUACGUCAGAGGAAACGCUGGAAAAUGUUGAAAACCAGUCAAAAAAUGCAAGGAUCCUGAUCGUCAACGGUCUGAAGAUGAAUCAACUCAGUGACGGUGUCGUUCAGCGAAUGUUACUUCUCGAAAAACUGGACCUUAGUGAAAACCAACUAGGGGACGCUUCAUUACCGGAGGCAUUCAAGAAGCUUGAACAUUUAGUGGAACUUAACCUCAGUAACAACAAAUUUACUAAAAUGCCGACUGCACUUAAGAAGCUGAAAAAUCUGUCGCGGCUGAGUAUCAGUUAUAACAAUGUGGACAGUUUAAAGGGCAUUGAAAAACUCAAGAAAAUGCAGGUGUUGAUGUUAGAUCAUAACAAAUUUUCACAGGUGUUCAAGGAAGUCACUCACAUGAGAAAGUUAGAAAUAUUAGACUGUAGUCACAAUACCAUACGAGAAGUUGGUUUAGAUGUUCGGUUUCUGAAAAACCUCAAAGAACUUAAUAUCUCCAAAAACAAAAUCUCAGUUCUUCCAACAGACAUUUUCCAGCUCAAAAAUCUUGAAUCUUUCAAAGCCAGUCAAAAUCAGAUAUCAAAAAUACCGGUAUUCAAUAUGAAUCCGCAGCAUUGUCACUGUAUAUCUGAAAUUGACCUAUCAAAUAAUAUGAUCAACAAAUUUCCGGGGCAUUUACUCACGAUCUCACAGAAGCUUGACUUGUCCUCUAAUCGAUUAAAGACGCUUGAUUAUUCAAAAAUGAAGAAAGUAGAAAUGGGCCCCGGAAAGGAAUUGUCAGUGGAGGGGAACCCCCUCACUUUCCCACCAAUGGAUGUGUGCGAGAGCGGGCUUAAGUCAAUGAUGCGGUUCUUCCAGGAAACAGAGCUCAAUACGAAAAUGUACCAAGGUGUUAAGAUCCUGGUACUGGGUGCACCUAAGAGUGGAAAGACCAGCUUUGUUCAAACGUUUGCCGACGGCCAACCCCGCCUAUCAGAGGAGAUGUAUGAGAAAUCUGCGGGCAUCGAGGUCAGCGACAUGAACAUUGAAGACGUUCCUGAGAAUGAACCCCCACCUCCCAUCUCUUUGUCAGCAUCCAAAAAACCGCAAACCUCGGCAAAAGUGACGUCAGCGGCUUCAGGGUCAAAAUCUGGCCGACGGACACCAACUAUUGAGCAAAAUAACCCAAAUCAAAAGCAACACUCAAAACAGACAAAGCAUUUACCGACUCAGGUCUUGAACGGUGUACAAGAAAGCGAUGACGUCAUUGCUGACGAUAAUUCUUCCACGGCCAGUAGCUCCGGCAAGCGGACCCUGAACAUGACUAUAUGGGACUUCUGUGGCCAUCCAUUUUACCUCUUUCCGCAUUAUAUGUUCUUUGAACAACCAGCGAUAGCAAUUUUGACUUUCAACAUGCAUUCUUACAGGAGUGAGCAUUUUGAGGAAGUGAUCAGCUCUUGGUUUGAUUGGAUGAUUGCAAAAACUAACAAACUGUGUGUUCUGCUCGUUGGAACUCAUGCCGAUAAGCUGAAGAAAGAAAAGAUUAAACAGGUAUGUAACGAGGUCAAGGCAAAGCUGCAAGCACAUGCGGAAAGACAACGUCAGAUAGUCCAACGGCGUAUUGACGUCAUCACUGAGAAGCCCCAUAUCUCCCAAACCCUUUCCGCCCAACUGAAUGCUUACUCGCUACUUCUACAAGAGAAGUUUAUAGUCCAGAGUGAGGUCAUUAUCACGAGCGCUGCCAAAAAUACAGGUUAUGAAACGGUUGCCGCUUCAAUUGAGAUGCUGUCGAAUGACUCCCGACAAUUCCCUAAUGUAUUACGGGUGAUCCCGACAUUUUGGCUGGACGUGGAAUCGUUCUUGGAGGAGAAGGGAAACACAAUGGUUGUUCCGAUGGUGAAGUUCGACCAGCUGAAGGAGGAAAUUGGCGCCAAGUUUGGCAUGAAGCACCUUGUCAGUACCAUAGUGCAAUAUCUCCACGAGACUGGCAAGGCUCUGUGGUUUGCCAACAAUCCCGCAAUGAAGGGGGUGGUCAUUCUCCGCCCCGCCUGGUUCUUCGAUGUGUUUCGGGCGGUGUUCAGGCACGAUCUGAAGGAAAAACUGGAUGUUGAGGUGGAGGACAGCUUUAAAAUGAUCGCAUUUGACGAUGAGUCGGAAGAAGGUAUCACACAGUCAAAGUACGACCAGAUGAAGGAGGAGUUCCUGACAGAAGGCAUAGUGGACAGAGACCUUCUCAAAUGUAUGAUGAGCCACCUGCUCCCCCUCGAGACAAAUGGACCGUUCAUGGAGGUCCUCAACCUCUUCAUGGAUAACCUUGACCUUGGAUACGUUGUCACGAAAAAGCCUGGUGGUUACAACCUUGACCCGGAUACAGAAGGGAUGAUCUCCCGGAAGUACCUGUUGCCAUGGUUCCGGAACGUACCAGAGCCACCUUCUGUUUCCGAGGUAUGGGGACCUCUGGAGGGAAAACAGCGGCUGGCAGGUGUUUGCAGGUUUCCUAAGUACAUGCCGCCUGGUCUGUUUGAGAUGCUGAGUGUUCGCGCGCACAAAGGCACCCACAACCUCCGCUUCCUGUCACACUGGGGCUCCGGGUUCCAUGCCAAACAUAAAACAGACAAGCUGCAGUUGAUGUUCACGUACUACGGUCACGAGGACGACAAUGGGACAACACUGCGGUUCGAGCUAAGAGAUGACACUCACGAUCCAAACGAGGAUGCAGUUUCUGGCUCCCACAUGUGGUCAGUACUACUUCCGCUGCUCAUGGAUCUUGAGGAACUGCUACAUUCCUACACCGGAGUGUUGGUUGAGCGGCUGAUGGAGUGUCCGGGUUGUCGCCUCCUGACCUUUCAGGGGGAAUGGCUGACACCCAAGGAGACCCAGGGGCUCCCCACUCGCCCAUGUGAGGAAUGUAAUGAGAACAUCGACACUGCUUUUCUUGUACAGCCCAGGGAAAAGAAGAGAGAUGAUGUCCGCUUCAACCUUGCCAAAAUUCGCCAGAAAAAGCGGCAAGCCCUUGCAGGAUCUGAGGAUAGCAACCGCCCUGGAAAGUUCAACGCUCCACUUCAUGCUAACGUCCGAACAGGACGUCGCACCGCCAUAUUGCCCAUGGAUAAUGUAACAGUAGAUUCUGGCGGCAGAUACGGCAGUGUGUCGUCUGCCGUUGGGAGCGAUUUAGACAGUGACACUGAGGAUGUAAGAACGUCACGUCAUCAAAGUGCUGUUGGCCUUUUGCCAGGAUUAACGGAGGGAGAAAUGAUGUCAUUUAUUACAAAGCAGCGAGAACUUGGAAAUGCAGCUGAGAAUGAUGUAGAUCGGAGCCAAUCGCCUCCUGCGAAUGGCAGUGGCCUACUGUCCGGGUUCAAUUCCACUCAGAUGGUUUCUUUUCUUAAAAGACACAGUGACGGAGCAAAUGGUGAUGAACGUGGGUAUUCAUCUGACGAAACUAAUGAUGAACAAAAUAUUCCAGCGUCUCGAGGCCUUUUACCCGGACUUAGUGCCGACCAGAUGGCGUCUUUUCUUCAGAAGCAUGCUAACGAAUCGGGAUCUGAUAACGAAAGUGAUGAUGUCACUCCUCCUACAUCAUUUAUGAGGUCAAACAAUAUCAACAGCGAAAACGAUGCUGGCCAAUAAUUUCCGAAUGUCAGUGAUUAUCUGGUAGCCGAAUAUAAGAUUAACAAUGAAAUGAUGAUGUCACACUAGUUUUCUUUAUGACAUAAUAAAUCAUUUUGUUAGGGGAAUUUAAUCAGGGGUUUGUACAUUAAAGAAUAAAUUUAGACCCUUAUAAUUAAUGCUCAUAACCACAGGACCUGUCAUAUAAUUAACAGUUCUUAUAUUAGCUUUAAUUUUGGGGUCAUUGUAUUGAUUCCAUAAAAUUUGACUUAUAGGACAUGGUAUCCCAGAGUAUGAUCACACAUCCUGCUCAUUUUGUUAUUGUUGUAAGAAAGGGGGCAGGUCCGUUGAUUACUCUAGCCUAUAGCGCCCGAUUUACCUUAAUUAAUACUACUAUAUAACAAAUUUUUCAAAUCAACUUUUUUGUUUCUAUUCUUAUAGAAUUUGUUCUACGCAGAUAUCAUGUUCGAUGCAACAUCAUACCUUUACGUUCAUUUGCAUUCUUAAGACUUUAUUGAAACAAUCACAUUAAAAACCCUUAUAAUAUACAUGUAGAUAAUUAGAUUAGUACAUUCACUUGUUAAGGAAUUUCACUAGAUAUUUAUUUAGAACUGUAUUUUUUGGAGAAGGAGGUCCAUGUUCAUACGAUGUGCUCAUCUUGUAGCUCAGCUGUGAUAUUUGAUAUUCUAUUCACUGUGAUUCUGUAUUUUUUUCUCAAUAUCAUAUGUUAUAUUUUGAGACGAAGUUGAACUCUGUAAGUUGAUAUACACAUGUGUAUGUGUGUCAUAUAAAAAGUCAUAUUUCUUGUUUCUCAGUAUUUAUAAAAUGUCAUAUUUCUUAGUAUUUAUGAAAUGUCAUAUUUCUUGUUUCUCAGUAUUUAAAAAAUGUCAUAUUUCUUGUUUCUCAGUAUUUAAAAAAUGUCAUAUUUCUUGUUUCUCAGUAUUUAUGAUGUAGAUGCAUUGCAUAAAGAUUAAAUAUCAUAGUGAU